AUGUCCACUACACCGACACCGACACCGACACCGACACCGUCCCCCACGCUAACCCGUCCAGCCCCAACAGACAACCCGACCAAGCCCCUCUUCAUCCUCUGCGACGGCACCUGGUGCGGUCGCGAGACUAACACGCGAAGCAACAUCUACAAACUCGCCGAACUGUUCGGCGUACGAAUCGACGCCCGGAUCCAGUCUCCGGACGGGGUUUUCUAUCUCGAAGGAGUAGGACUGGGCAGUUCGUUCCUCGACUACCUCUUCAACGGCAUAACAGGCCAAGACAUCGCACAGCAAUGCAUCACGAUCUACGAAUACCUAGUCCACAACUACACCUACCCCACGCACGAGAUCUGGCUCUUCGGCCUGUCGCGAGGCGCGUACCUCGCGCGCGCCGUAGCCGGGAUGAUCAACAACUGCGGCAUCGUGCACCCGCUCCGCACCCCGGGCACCAACGAGAUCGACACCCAGCAAACCCGCCUGCUCUGCGAGGCGGUCUACAGCCUCUACCGGUCGCCCUACGCGAUGAACGCCCCGCACGCCCCGCAGUCCCUACGCUUCCGGCAGACGAAAUCCUGGCCGCUGAUCGGCGACGAAGAUCCCCAUGACCGCACCGCGCCGCGGUUCCACCCGCCCAUCCGGUUCAUGGGCCUCCUCGAUACGGUCGGCAGCCUGGGCAUUCCCGAGUUCACCGGCGGGGUCGGGCUGGACUGGCCCGUGUUCUAUGAUCAGCAUGUCUCGACGGUGGUGGCGAAUGUGCAUCAUGCGGUCUCGCUGCAUGAUCGGCUGUUUGUCUUCCAGCCGUGUCUCGUGAGUCGGGAUUACGCGAGGCAUGGUGAGCGGGAUUGGGAGCGGUUCGGGGUCACCCAGCAGGAGUGGCUCCCGGGUUGCCAUUAUGAUCUCGGCCGCCAGCGGUUUCGGUUUCUGCGCGAGUUUGGCGGUGGCUGGCUUGAGUCUCUGCUGGCGAGUCGGUGGUUCGGGUUCGCGAGCAAGGUCAUCGAGCCCAACCAUGUGUUGGCGGAUGUGGCGCUGCGCUGGUUGAUGCUGGCUAUCCGUGCGCAUAGCAUGACCGUAAAUUAUGAAGUGAUCCCCAACAUUGAUCGGGUGAUUGAGGGUGUGACGGAGAGUAUUCAUGGCAGAGCGCAGGAGCCGGGUCGCACCGGCGACGGCGAUGUCUACGGGCAUAUUCUGUCAUAUGCGCCGUUUGGGUCGCUGGUUCUCGAUGUUGUGCGGACCCUGCGCGGGACCCGAGGCAAGGUGUCGGCUCUCUAUCAGUUGUUUUUUGACCUGCGGGACAGAUUGAUUCCGGAUGAUAAUGCGGUGGUCUAUGAUUUCUACGGGUAUGAUGAGGAUAUUCUCGGGUGUGUCGGGGAUUUGGCGCAGGUGAAUGAGCGGCGGUAUCCUUCCAAGUCGUAUGUGAGGUGGAGGUUGCGGCAGUAG